AUGGAGCCAGAACGCUGCUUUGAGUCCAGAAACACUUCAUGUUUGAAGUCAAGUUAUCCCAUACCCCUACGUGUUACCCUCUACAUCAUUUUCGGGGUCAUAAUCAUCCUAACAGUGUGUGGAAACCUUUUGGUCACUUUCUCAGUGGCUUAUUUUAAGCAGCUCCAUACUCCAACAAAUUACCUGAUAUUCUCUCUGGCUGUGUCUGACCUGCUUUUAGGGAUAAUAGUCAUGUUUCCUGGAAUGAUUCGAUUUAUAGAGACUUGUUGGUAUUUUGGGGACUUCUUCUGUAAAGUCUCAAUAAGUUCAGAUAUCACGUUGUGCUCAGCAUCAAUUCUGAAUCUGUUAUUCAUUUCAGUCGACCGAUACUACGCUGUUUGCCAACCUCUGCUUUACAGAAGUAAAAUAUCAAUGAAUGUUGUGUUGAUCCUGAUCCUGCUCUGUUGGAGUUUUUCAGUUCUUGUAGGCUUUGGAAUGAUUUUUCUAAAACACUUCACAUGUGAAGGAGGAUGUGUUGUGUUUAUGAGUGGAGUGUCUAGUACUGUCUCCUCAGUGAUUAACUUUUACUUGCCCGGAAUAAUAAUGCUUUGUGUUUACCUUAAGAUUUACCUUGUAGCACGUAGACAAUUUUGCAGCAUUCAGAAUGCAGGAUGUGUGAACUCAGUAAAAACAUCAAACACAAGCCAGACAAAGGCCACUAAAACCCUGGCUAUUGUAAUGGGGGGUUUUCUGUGCUUUUGGUCUCCAUUUUUUGUUUGUAACAUCAUCAAUCCUUUUGUUAGUUACUCAAUACCGCCAACAUUUUUUGUCACACUUGUAUGGUUGGGAUUCUUAAAUUCUGCUGUGAACCCUAUAAUAUAUGCAUUCUUUUAUAGUUGGUUCAGAAAGGCUUUUAAAUUAUUGACCUCAGGUAACAUCUUUAACUCUGACAUUUCAGAGACAACACUUUUCAAUGACUGA